UUUUAAUGUCUAAUCUCAGCCUACUCCCUUUCAAUUUGAGUCUAUUCCCCUCGUCCUCUCUUGUAGACAGUGUUGGCCCAUCUUUCCUGAAAACUUUCUUUCAGUUCCCUUCAGGGGGCAUUCACGAUGAGCCACAACUGCCCGACCUUCCCAGCUGUCCCUGCAAAACCUUUUGCGCAAAGGGAACAUGGGUUGUAUGAGCAUGUCACAAAAAUCCCAGGGACAAACGCCACCCGUGUGCUUUGCAACAGUUUAUGCAUGUGAGCAUCCCUGCAACUUACAUGCAGGCCUAAGGGGGCUGCAGCUGGACAAAAUCUUGCCUUUUUUUUUUUUUUUUAACUUUAGAUAAAAAUAUUAAAUUUCCUCACUAAUCUUAUUAAGCUAUCAUAAUCACCAGAAUUCACUAGCAUUUACAAUAAAAACUCCCACUGAAAGUGAACAGACUUUAAAAUCUGUUUGUGGUGGGGUUUUUUCCCUUAGUGUGAGUUCAGAAAAAAAGUUACAGUCAGAUCCAGUAAUCCUGGAGGUCCCUUCCAAAUCUUAACAAUUGUCAGAUUUUAAUCUAUAAAUUAUUAAUUCAUUAUGAUUAGAUUCCUUGUAUGAAUCACCAGAAAUAAAGUUUGGGAUUCUUUGUAACUGUCAAUAUAGCAACGCAGACAGUGAAACACCCCUGUGCCUAACUCCUGCUCAGCAAUUUAAAAAAACAAAGUAAAUAUUCAAGCAAUAUUUUUUUCCUCUCAGAAUGGAAGUAAUAAAGAUGAGGGAAAUGUCACUGGGCAUAUUUCCACUGAUGUUAUAUACAGCGUUCUUUAUAUCACACACAGAAUUAUCCUAUCAGCCUUUGUUGAGAACCUAAACCUGUCACUUUUACUUUUGUAUGAGUAAGUGCUCAGGACUCCAUUAAACAUUCAGAUAGUACUUUUUUUUUUUCCUUUUGACUUUAAAAAUGCAAAAUGAAAGACUACAGCAUUAAAAUAUGAUAUCUUUAUUUGAAACUGUUGACAUUCUGAAACUACAAUUCAGAACUGGAAAUAGAAAAGCUGCAUAUGAAAAGGUCAGCUUUCAACAAAAAUGUCCAUUUUGAUGAAAUCUUGUCCUUUUCUUCAGGAAAAGUUCUAUCAAAAAUGUUCCAUCAGAUCCAUAGUGUGUUGGCCCACUUCAGUCUUUAGCCCUGAAUGUAUUUUGUCUUGUAUUAAGAUGAAAUGGAAGAAAACCUCUGGUAUGGGAUCAGGGUGUUGGCAGAGCUCACUGAUCUCAGUCCUAGGACUGAGAUCCCAGGGCACAUCAAAUAGAAUUUUAUGGCAAUUUAAAGUAGAGAUGUACUAGAUUUAGGUUAUAAAGCAGUACUCUCCUAACAGAAAAUGUGGGGUUUUAGGAACAGCACAGUAACACACAACCAUGAUGACUUUAAGAAAAAUUUGAGUGGUAAGAGGAGAGCAAAAUCAUUGCUUUCCACUACCCUUCAAUAAGAAAAGUUCUACCUGGGUUUGAAAAGUACUAUGCUAAGUUUCUUCUCUUGACGAGAGAUGGUGUGUAAAUUUUGCCACUUCAAAAGCAUCAUAAAGUAUCUCAAAAAAUUUACAUAAAGGAAGGGAAUUGACAGAGGAGCUCAUUGAAGUGUAAGAGCCAAAACUUCUUUAAUGGCCUUGCUCACUUUUCUCCCUCUUCCCUUUAACUGACUAAAUUUACUCAAGUACCACCUGUUUUGAAAGACAGAAUAAAAUAUCAAAGUAUUUAAGAACUACAAUGAAAAUAACUGAUUUCUGCAGUUUGGAUUAGUAAUUAGUAUUCAUUUUUCAGUUGCAAACAUGUUUAAUUCCUUUCUUUUGUAGUAUGUCCCAAUGGAGUCAAGUUCAACAACUGGAAAUAAAGUUUUUGGAGCAGGUAGACCAGUUCUACGAUGAUAACUUCCCCAUGGAAAUCCGGCACCUUCUAGCACAAUGGAUAGAAAGCCAGGACUGGGAGGCUGCAGCCAACAAUGAAGCAAUGGCAAUGAUCCUCUUACAGAAUUUGAUAAUACAGGUGGACGAACAGCUGGACCGGGUUUCGCAGGAGAAGAAUCUGCUCUUGAUCCACAACCUGAAAAGAGUCAGGAAGCUGCUGCAGGGCAAAUAUCAUGGUAAUCCCAUGCAUAUAGCAGUGAUCAUCUCAAACUGCUUAAGAGAAGAAAGAAGAAUAUUGGCUGCAGCCAGCAUGCCUGUACAGGGGCCACUGGAAAAGUCUCUGCAGAGCUCUGUGGUUUCAGAACGUCAAAGAAAUGUAGAACACAAAGUAUCAGCGAUCAAGAACAGUGCUCAGAUGACUGACCAAGAUGUGAAAUAUUUGGAAGACUUGCAAGAGGAAUUUGACUUCAGGUACAAAACAAUACAGAGCUUAGAACAGAAUGACAAAAACAGCGCCCUCAUUAAACAGGAAAUGUUGGCGUUGCAGGCAAUGCUCAAUACUUUAGACUACAAGAGAAAGGAGGUGCUCAGUAAAAUAGGGCGUGUGAUCCAUGAGAUCGAUAUGCUGAUGAGCAACAUGCUGACCGAGGAGCUGCUGGACUGGAAGAGACGGCAGCAGAUCGCCUGCAUCGGGGGGCCCCUCCACGGGGGGCUCGAUCAGCUCCAGAACUGCUUUACGCUGUUAGCAGAGAGUCUCUUUCAAGUCAGAAGGCAACUAGAAAAGCUGGAUGAACUCUUGACCAGGCUGACUUACGAUGGGGACCCUAUUCCUGUGCAAAGACCUCAGCUGCUGGAAAAAGUCAACUUUCUGCUCUACAACCUUUUCCGGAACUCCUUCGUGGUUGAAAGGCAGCCCUGCAUGCCAACACACCCCCAGAGGCCAAUGGUUCUCAAAACUUUAAUACAGUUCACUGUUAAAUUAAGGUUGCUAAUUAAACUGCCAGAGCUGAACUACCAGAUCAGAGUGAAAGCAACUAUUGACAAGAAUGUUUCAACUGUAAGUAACCGUAGGUUUGUUCUGUGUGGAACACAUGUGAAAGCCAUGAACAUGGAUGAGUCUGCAAAUGGAAGCUUGUCAGUAGAAUUUCGACAUUUGCAACCCAAAGAAAUGAAAACAAGUGCUGGAAGCAAAGGAAAUGAGGGCCCUCACAUGGUGACUGAGGAACUGCACUCCAUCAGCUUUGAAACACAGGUCUGCCUGUACGGAUUGACCAUCAAUUUGGAAACCAGCUCUUUGCCUGUGGUGAUGAUUUCCAAUGUCAGCCAACUGCCCAACGCAUGGGCCUCUAUUAUUUGGUACAACCUGUCAACCAAUGAUCCUCAGAAUUUGUCUUUCUUCAACAACCCCCCUGCUGCCACUUUAAGCCAGCUCUUAGAAGUACUGAGCUGGCAAUUCUCAUCAUACGUUGGUCGUGGACUCAAUUCUGAACAGCUCAACAUGCUGGCAGAGAAACUUGUGGGACAGCAAGUCAGUUACAAUGAUUAUCAACUAUCCUGGGCAAAGUUCUGCAAGGAACAUUUGCCUGGGAAGUCUUUUACCUUUUGGGUUUGGCUUGAAGCAAUCCUGGACUUGAUUAAAAAACACAUUCUUCCUCUUUGGAUUGAUGGGUACGUAAUGGGAUUUGUAAGCAAAGAAAAGGAACGAAUUCUGCUGAAAGACAAGACACCAGGAACAUUUUUAUUAAGGUUUAGUGAGAGCAAUCUGGGUGGAAUUACCUUUACUUGGGUGGAUCAGCUAGAAAAUGGAGAUGUAACAUUUCAUUCGGUGGAACCCUACAACAAAGGUCGCUUAUCUGCCCUGCCUUUUGCCGACAUACUGCGCGAUUACAAAGUUAUCAUGGCAGACAAUGUUCCUGAAAACCCCCUGAAGUACCUGUAUCCAGAUAUCCCUAAAGAUAAGGCCUUUGGCAAACACUACAGCUGUCAGCCAAACGAAGUCUCAAAACCCUCGGAUGGAGGAGGGAAAGGUUAUGUUCCUUCUGUAUUUAUCCCAGUCUCCAAAAUCUUAAAUGACUCUACAGAACCACAUUCUCCAUCAGAUCUUCUUCCAAUGUCUCCAAGCGUUUAUGCUGUGCUGAGAGAACACCUGAGCCCCACAGCCAUUGAAACUGCUCUGAGUUCUCCUUACUCAACUGACUGAAGCGCACAUACUAGAAAAAUCAGUAAUUGUGUGAACAUUGGAUGAGUUAAAGAAGUCAUAAUCCUGUCACCUCUGAAAGUCAGCUUUUCUGGAAACCAUGUUAUUCUUAGGCCUCUUUCUAUUAUCAAAAACACAAUGAAUUUUCUCCCUAGGGAAUUCAAACAGCCUUUUGCAAGUCAGAUUUGGUGUUGUCAUUGAAAAAGACCAAAUCCUUUCUGGCUUGGGAGUCAUUUGACUUCAGUGAGGUCCCAGCAGAGAUAAAUUUUACUUGCUAAUUUAACUAAUUUCCAUAGAAUUGCUGUAAAUAUGAAUGCAUAAGAACAAAAUGUUUUGCUUCUGAAGACAGUAUGUAAAGGUAACUAAAGACAUUAAUGUGUUUGGAGAAAUUGGGAUCUAUUAUGUUAAAUACUUUCUGCUUAUGCAUAAUCUUAUACACGACUAAUUUAGAUACUAUUUCAAAGCAAAGAUUCUUGUUCCCUGACUUUGAAUGUUCCAGAGGUAUCUGGGGUUUGCUUUUCUCCAAAGAUGAAUUGCCUUCAAGAUAGAUUUUCAUUUGAUAUACCACAGUAGAAGUUGUGGAAGGCAGGUAGGCAAGGCUGGGGAGAGAAGGGUGUUCCAGAAAGGAAGCAGACAUAAAACUUGUGGUGUUAGAAAUGCUGUCUCCAUUUCUCCACUGGAAGAGAGAGUAAGUAAAACUUCCCCUCUCACAAAAUAGUUGCAGAAGUAAAUCUCUUAGGGCAGGAGGCACUCAAAUACUCCAGCAAGUACUGUCAGAAUGUCCACAAAUAGAAAAUCUUGAUCUGACACAGUUUGAAGGCUAAUCAGUCCAUGGCAACAGGGAAACAGCUUUUAAAAACAGUUACUGAAGAGCUGCAGCAUUUGCAGACCACCUGGAAACUUUUGCUGCAUGACAGGAUAUUACAUGCCUGUCACAGACUCACUUAAUAAGCAGGACAACUAGUCCUUGUAAAAAUGAUAAAUUGCCCUGUUUAAAUACUUCUUUUUUUUCUUUCAGGUGUGUUUACUCCUCAGUUUGGGUUGUUUGGUUUUGUUGUUUUGGUUUUAUUUCCCCCAGUGUUACCCCUAAAACUGCUGUUCAUAAAAUAAUAAACAGGCAACUCCAAGGCCACUGUAUUUCACAAAUGCAGGUUCAGUCAGGAUGCAAGCCUUGCCCAUAGAACACGUGGUUAAUGCAUGCAAAGUUAGUAAAACACAAACCCUGAACAUUUGCACCUUGCUGCUUUCUCAAGCAGGUAUAAAUGAGACUUCUGUGAUGGAAACAUAACCUCCUUGAAUCAGUAAGACAUAGAUUUUACUUUCAUUUUUUCUUUCAUCCAUGCUAUUUACCUUAGUUGAGAGUGAGUGAGCGGAAACAAAUUAAUGAGAUAUUUUUGUGAUACACAGAAGUAGAUUUCAAAGAAACAAACACAUCUCUGUUCAUUACACUGAGUGAUUCAAAGUAAGCUGCAUGUAAGUUCACUAAGCAUCACGUAUAAAAUAAAAGACAAGAAGAGCAAUUCUGUAUAUAGCUUGGUAGUAUCUGUAAUCUAUAUAACCAGCAUGAAUAAAAUCAGAUUUUGGCUUCAAGUUGCAUAUCUAAAACUCUGCAGAUUUUUUUCAAGGCACAGCAAAAACAGUCUUGAUGCCUUUUGGUUGACCUUAAACUGUGUUACUUAAACAGUAACACAUAAUUCUAAACCAGGAAACAUGACCUCCCCUAACCACGGCUGUUGCGUGCCUUUUCAUUCUAACCUCUUCCCAUAAUUUUAAUACAAACAAAAUGGGGGAUACCUUUAAUUUUUUUACUAUCUAAAGUUCAUGAGAAGUACUGUAAGACAAGAUCAGACAUGGCAUGCGAACCAGUCUCCUUUUUCUUUCUUCCCUGCUCUCCAUGCAAGGCAACCCUUCAAGACUCUCAAGUAUUAAUUUCAGCCCAAUAUAACUGGUGUUUCUGAACAUCAUAAUGGAUCAGGUUUUGGCAUGACAGUUCCUGCUAUUGCUUCAGAUCAGAUUGCUGCGUAGGGUAGACUUAACAUUUUGUUGAAAAGAUCUGCUUGAGAUUAUUUCAGUGCUUUAAAGGAACACUGGAAUAAUCUAUCUGUAGGAUGAAUACAUACAGACCAAGCCUCCUUCCUUUAAAAAAAAUGAGAAUUUUGUCCUUAUGCUACAAUGAGUAAGAACACAGCUCUUCAGUGAAACGAUGGUGUGGAGGAAAAUCACAAAAAAGGAGUGCCUAGAUACUACCACCAAAACAAAAACAAAAAUUGCUUUUAAGUAGUUCUACUAACUGUCCUUUUGCUGCGUUUUGCAGCAGCAAAGUAAAAAUGUGAUUGUUUUGUGCAUUGUCUUGGUGUGACACUGUAAUGAUCCUAAUUAAUAAACAUGAAACCUUCA